CAGGCAGCCAUAAUGAUAAACUGAUCAGUGAUAAACAAAGUUACAAAACCAGCCGAAUAAACAAAGUUAUCUUAAGUUCUUAACAAAUAAAAGCCCAAAUAUUUAUAAUUUUAUACCUGAUUCCUGAACCUCAGAACCUGAUACGGUGAGACUUGAGAGAGGCGGAGAGCAGAGAAUCAGAGAGAGGCUGAGAUGAGAACAGACUGAACAGUGGAGACUGGAGACUAGAGAGAGGCGGAGAGCAGAGAGACUAGAGAGAAAGUGAGGUGAUAAUAAUAAUGUUAGUGUCAAGAAUUUUGGGGAGAACACUUUUUGCUGCUGCUAAAUCAGAAGCGUAUUCUGCGACAGCUGCGGCGACUUCUGUAGCAAGGAACCCUCUGCAAGAGUUCUUUGAGGCUGAUAGGAGCAUAGAUGAUGACAAACCUGUUGUCUAUGGUCGUAGUUGGAAGGCUCCUGAACUGCGAUUGAAGUCUUGGGAUGAUCUUAAUAAGCUGUGGUAUGUCUUGUUAAAGGAGAAAAACAUGCUGAUGACUCAACGCCAGAUGCUUCAUUCACAGAAUCUACGGUUUCCUAACCCAGAGCGCAUUCCCAAGGUGAGGAAGUCAAUGUGCCGUAUCAAGCAAGUACUCACUGAGAGAGCAAUCGAAGAACCAGACCCCAGGAGGUCAGCUGAGAUGAAGAGGAUGACAAAUGCUCUGUGAUACUUCCAACUUGUAUUUUGCACCACAUGGUCUGUUUCUAUUGAUGGAGAAUUUGCACCACAUGGUCUGUUUCUAUUGAUGGAGAAUUCAAGGCACACGUAUACAUAGGACAAGGGGCAAAAGUUUUGACGACCCAUUCCAGUUAAGAUAGCUCGAGUCUCCACUCUAAUUGGGCUAAUUUCACGCAAGUAUACCACUCCUAGAAACCAUAUAAAAUUCCAAGAUUUUCAUCCAUCACUCAAGUUUAUUAGUGAGUUUGAGGGAGGUUAUUAAUGUAUGAGCUCAAUGGACCCUAAACCCAUUGUACUACACUUUGUAUAAUGUUAAUCACAUCACAUCGAGAUACAUACUUUAUUCUCAACUAGCCUAGUUCCCAUACGAUGUGAGGUGCAUUUUGUUAGUUUCCU